GGCAGUGCUGAGUUACACACUCCUUGUCCUUUUAUGAAACUAUUAGAUUCAUCCAUUCAACACAAAUCCAUGAGUUCAAAGCAAAUAUCAAAUUCCUUCUUUGAGGAACCAAAAUUCAAGCACUGUUGUGUAGCAUUAUAUCAUUAGCAUGCUCAUUAUUUGUUUCUGUUGAACCUCUUUAAAGGACCAUAUUGCUUAUUAUUCUCUAUGGCUUCUUUUCUUUCCUUAUCUCUUCCCAAAUUAAACAUAAUAAAGUCCUCUUCAGCUACAACUAGUACACCAACUCUUUCAACUCCUGAAGCACUCAAUGACAAAUUUGGCAGAAAAGGUAUCAAGUUCUUGGAGUCUAAUAGUAUCCCUAUUGUUGAGCUAACAGUUAGAAAUGGAAGCUCAUUGACCUUAAGAUUACCUGAUGCUCAUGUUACAUCUUACAAACCAAAAGUGUUUUGGAAAGAUGAUGGACUUGAGGAACUUUUGUACACAAUUCAUGCAAGUGAAACAGGUCUUUACAAAGCCAAAGGUGGAAUUGGUUUGGUUUUGAAUGAAGUAUUACAACCUGGUGCAAAAGAGUUAUUUCCUUCUAGUUUGGAGUGGACUGUAAAUGAUGUUGACUAUGAUGCCAUUGAUGCUCUACAGGUUGAAUUGGUCAGUACUAACAGAUUUUUUGACAUCACUUACAUUGUGAGCCUUUAUCCAGUGAGCAUGGCCACAGCAGUUAUAGUUAAGAACAAAUCUCCAAAACCUGUUACUCUAAACAAUGCUAUACUAAGCCAUUUUAGAUUUAACAGAAGAGGUGGAGCUGCAAUCAAAGGUCUUCAAACCUGUUCAUACUCCUCACUCCCUCCUCUUGCUUCCCCUUUUCAAAUCUUGACUCCAUCAGAAGCAAUAAAAUCUGAGCCAAAUAGAUUCAUUUCAUUUGGUGCUGAACCUCAAGUGAAGCCAGGUUCAUGGACUCAACAAGGUGUCCCUAUUACUCUUCUUGAGAAUAAGAUGAGUAGAGUUUAUGCUGCACCUCCUAAAGAAAGAUCAAAGGCGUUUUAUAAUACACCGCCUUCAAAAUAUGAAAUCAUUGAUCAGGGACGUGAGAUUUUCUACAGGGUGAUAAGAAUGGGAUUUGAGGAUAUUUAUGUGUCAAGCCCUGGUUCCAAGUCAGAGAAAUAUGGAAAAGAUUAUUUUGUAUGCACUGGUCCUGCUUCAAUAUUGGUGCCUGUCACUGUGAAUCCUGGUGAAGAAUGGAGAGGAGCACAAGUUAUUGAGCAUGAUAAUCUCUCAUAAAUCACAUUAACAAAUAUUUGCUCUUCCUAUGUAUAUUUAUUUAGUUGAUUUAUGUACUAUACUAUAGUACAAUACUAUUACUAUCAAUAAAAUAGGUUACAUAAUGUUUGCAGAUUUUUCA